AUGGCUGCAGACUUGUCUGCCACCAAACUCAACGCAGACAGCCAUGUCUUGCUGGACCAACCUCUCCUCCGCCUCCCCCAUGAACUCGUCAAGCGCAAUUUCAGAAACACCCAACGCUAUGUCGAGCGAGAGAGAGACUACAUCCUUCCCGCCCUCAAAGACACUGCGAAUGCUGCACUGAGCUCGUCCCAAACCACGGAGCAGACGCUCGCCUCGCUCGACGCCAUGAUUCAAAGAAUGCAGAACUUCAAACGCAAGCUGGAAAAGCUGCAUAUCGAGGAAGAGGCUCUCCAUGACCAUUCAGCCAAACGGAUCAAGCAUCUGCAGGACCUCUAUGACAUACCCUCUCUGGUGGACGUCAAGUAUGACCAGUGGUCCCGGACCCGUCUUGAUCGGCUGGUGGUCGACUAUCUUCUCCGGUCGGGCUACUCGAAAACCGCCAUCUCGCUGGCCGAGACCAAACAGAUUGCCCAUCUGAUUGACCUUGACACAUUUGUUGCCUGCCACAAGAUUGCCUCGUCCCUGGCCCGCGGGGAAACGAGGGAGGCCCUCGCCUGGAUCAACGAGAACAAAAACUCCCUCAAGAAACUCAUCACAGCACCCCAUAAAACCACCGACCUCGAAUUCGAGCUCCGCUUCCAACAAUUCAUUGAACUUGUCCGCGCCGGGACAACGGCAAAGAAACUUGAAGCAAGAGCCCAUGCCCAGCAACACCUGACACCGCAUACGGCGUCCCGAGGAGAGUCGAUCAUGCAAGCAGCUGGUCUUUUGGUGCAGUCGCCCGACACACUAGCCGAACCAUACCGCUCACUGUUUGCCCCGGCACGGUGGCACGACCUAUCCAACUUAUUCGUUGAAACACACCAUACCCUACUGUCGCUGCCAAUCCAGCCGCUCCUACACGUCGCGCUGUCGGCGGGUCUGUCAGCAUUGAAAACUCCCGCGUGUCACAGCGCCUAUAAUCCCGCCAGUUCGUCAACGCCCGGUCAUGCUCGGAUCGCGACGAACUCUUCUUUGUGCCCGAUAUGCAGCACGGAGCUCAACCAACUGGCACGUAAUGUCCCCUAUGCACAUCACACGACUAGCUCUGUGGAACCGGAUCCUGUCGUCUUACCGAACGGGCGUAUCUACGGCCGCGAACGGCUGGAAGAGUUGCAGCGGAAACUGGUCAUGGCUGGUGGGUGGGGCGUAGGCAGCGAAGGUGGUAUGCACGAGCUACAAAUUGGUAAGGAAGGGGAAGUGAGAGAUCCCACGACUGGCGAAAGUUUCACUUGGGAUCAGGUCAAGAAGGUCUACAUCAUGUGA